AUGGCUUCCAAAGACGUCACAAGCAGACUGCGACAAAGCACCUGGAACGGGAGCAUCCCCCUCGAGAUACGGCUGCACAAGGGCGACUGCAGGACGUACGAUGAGUCGGAUCCUUACAUAAUACAAUUCCCACGGAUCUCAUACCUUGGCCUGUUGAUCCACAAGCUGCAUACCUUCUUCUCGCGCAGCCUCAUCUACCCGGAUGUCAGCCCCAAAGACGCGUGGCUCUCUUACGAAGAUGUUCCGUUGAAGUGGCAUUAUCCCCUUGGCCUUCUAUAUGACCUCUACUCUGGAGCUGAGCCUGCAUAUCCCCCAGACGCAGACGUAGACGCCGCACCAGCACACCAGGUUGAAGGCGGCGAAGAGGAACACGGUCGGCUUCCAUGGCGUCUCACGGUUCACUUUUCAGACUAUCCGACUGAGCAGCUGGUGCAACUCGACAAUGACGGCAAGCACCUCAACGACAUGUUCAUUCAGAGCGUCAAGGAGGCAGACUACCUGAGGACGGGCACGGGGAAGACGGUCAUGUUUCUGAGUAAGGAGGACAGCACGCAGCUGUGGGAGGGAGUUAAGAAGCACGAGUUUGCGCUAUAUAACCCCAUCAACCAAAAACUACUCAACCCGCAGGGAGUCAGUCUGAGACAUUUACCGGUCAGACUGUAUUUGCCGCAUGCAGCGACGGAGGGGGUGCAGGAGGAGACGGCGCCCGGGAGUUUGAGGAUUGUGCAAAGACUGGUCACACCGAGUCUGUCGUCUAGUAGGUGCACGUGGUUGCGUGAGGCUAACAGGGGAACAGGGCAACCACAGACCAUCGGCACCGCACUGAAUCACGUGCUACCUGGCUUAUUUCCGAGCAGGCGAAGUCCCCUACUGGCACAAGCAGUGCUCCACGGGGCAGCACUACCCUUGGGGGCGAGUGUGGAGGAAUUGGUACGUGCAGCAGCGUACCUGGACGGAUGGUUGCACAUUGCAGUUGUUAUGAUGGGAUGA